CACCACUUCCCUUCUCUCUACACGUUACCAUUACCGCACUAAACACCCACUAAACUUCACUGCUCACACAGCUCUUAAUAUUUUAAAUAAGCUUCGUUUUAAGUAAAAUCGUUUUACUCAGACGACGUCGUUCACCGAAAUGACCUCUCUUCCGCCAACGAAUGUCCCGCGCCACGCUCCCUUCCAACCGCCGACGAUUUCCGGCCACAUCUUACCGCCGCGCAACCGGUAACUUCACCACCAUCAUGUUGCCGGAAUCCGCCCUCGUUUUCCGGCGGAGCAUCGGUGCCGCACUCUUCUUCCUCCUCGUCUCUUUCUCGUGCAUACUCCUCUUCAGAAACGCCGAUUACUCUCGCAUCUCCUCUUCCAAUCACUGGGGUCGCGUAUCUGCUGUUUUCCCGUCCAACGAUUCCGUCGCGAUAAGCAAUGAGUAUUCACUUGAAAAUAUUCUGAAUGAGGCUGCUAUGAAAGACAAAACUGUUAUCUUGACCACAUUAAAUGAAGCCUGGGCAGCACCAAAUUCAAUCAUUGAUCUAUUCCUUGAGAGCUUUAGAAUUGGAGAUCGUACUCGCUGGCUUUUAAAUCAUUUAGUAAUUGUUGCAUUAGACCCGAAGGCUUUUAUGCGUUGUCAGGCAAUACACUCCUAUUGCUAUUUGCUUGCUACUGAAGCCGUUGAUUUUCAUGAAGAGGCAUUUUUCAUGACUCCUCGUUACUUGAAGAUGAUGUGGAGACGGAUUGAUUUCUUGCGCUCCGUUCUAGAGUUGGGGUACAAUUUUGUGUUCACGGAUGCUGAUAUUAUGUGGUUUAGAGACCCGUUUCCUCGGUUUCACAGGGAUGCAGAUUUCCAGAUAGCAUGUGAUCAUUUCACUGGCAGCUUUAGUGAUGUGCAGAACAGACCCAAUGGAGGGUUCAACUUUGUAAAGUCCAAUAAUAGGUCAAUUGAGUUUUACAAGUUCUGGUAUUCUUCACAAGAAACCUACCCCGGCUACCAUGAUCAGGAUGUCCUCAAUUUUAUCAAAGUUGACCCUUUCAUUACUGAUUUAGGACUGAGGAUGAAAUUCUUGGAUACAGUUAAUUUUGGUGGGCUUUGUGAGCCAAGUAAAGAUUUAAAUAAAGUUUGCACCAUGCAUGCAAAUUGUUGCUAUGGUAUGAAUAGUAAACUUCAUGACCUUAGAAUCAUGCUUCAAGAUUGGAAAUAUUAUUUGACCUUAGCUCCAAGUUUGAAGAGGUUGUCAAUUAUUUCCUGGAGGGUACCUCAGAAAUGCAGCCUUGAUUCUCUGAAGCAUCCCGGUGCACCAGAAAAGAGCGUUCAGGAGAAUUGAAAUUCUGAAUCUUCGACAUUGACAUGGAAGUUCAGCUAAAAAGCUGCUGGACAAAAGGUUUUGUUUUCUUUUUUUGUUAGGUCUGCUACUGUAAUCAACCAGAAUGGUGCUCUGCCAUAUAUAUACAAAUUUGGAGAGAAAUUAAUUUUGCCUGACCAAGUACUGAAGAAUUAUCUUAACACUUAAUCAAACGAGCUAUCUGAAAGAUAUAUCAUUCUGUUCUAUUCAUCGAAUUUUGUUUGUGCUUUACUCAAUUUUUUGCAACAUUGUGUUGUAUUUAUUCUUGA